AUGCAAGCUGGGGAGGAGACAGGAGGAGACGAUCCCCAAGGAGACGAUCCCGAGUAUGAGUUCCCCAACACCCCACAAACCCUAGCAGAUGUGGGGUCUUGGUGUCACUGGAGACACUAUAUAACAAAAGGGGGAGUAACAUAUUACCCAGAUAUAGAUGAAGAUGAUGAGCAGCAGCAGCAGCAGCAGCAGCAGCAGCAGCAGCAGCAAGACCCUGUAUUAGAGUUGACGAGAGCAGCAGCAGAUGAUCCCCCAGUAGCUGAAAAUAUACCUGCUUGGGUAAGACACGAUGAGGAGGAGACAGAACAGCAACACAGCGAAGAAGAAGCAGAAGAAGAAGAAGAAGAAGAAGGAGAAGAAGAGACAGAAUAA